GGGCCUUGUGGGAAGGCGGGGCGGAAGCCGGCUGAGGCGCGGCGGUCUGACGCGUCGCGGUGCCCACGGUGACGGCCAAGACGGGUCACGAUGUCGUCAACAAGUAAAGCUGUUGAAUUACAACUACAAGUAAAACAAAAUGCAGAAGAAUUGCAAGAUUUUAUGAGGGAUUUAGAAAACUGGGAAAAAGACAUUAAACAAAAGGAUAUGGAACUGAGAAGACAGAGUGGUGUUCCUGAAGAGAGUUUACCUCCUAUUCGAAAUGGGAAUUUUAGGAAAAAGAAGAAAAGGAGAGUGAAAGAGUCUUUGAAAAAAACCAAAGAGGAAAACACUAAAAACAGGAUAAAAUCUUACGAUUAUGACGCGUGGUCAAAACUUGAUGUGGACAGUAUCUUGGAUGAGCUGGAUAAAGACGACAGCACCCAUGAUUCCGUGUCCCAGGAGUCAGAGUCGGAAGAGGAUGGCAUUCACAUAGAUUCACAAAAGGCUCUUGCUCUCAAAGAAAAGGGCAAUACAUUCUUUAAACAAGGAAAAUAUGACGAAGCAAUUGAAUACUACAGCAGAGGCAUGGAUGCUGACCCAUACAAUCCUGUGCUGCCAACCAACAGAGCGUCAGCCUACUUUAGAUUGAAGAAAUUUGCUGUUGCUGAGUCUGAUUGUAACUUGGCAAUUGCUUUAAAUAGAAAUUAUGCAAAGGCUUAUGCCAGACGAGGUGCUGCUCGAUGUGCUUUGCAAAAAUUAGAGGAUGCCAAAAAAGAUUAUGAAAAAGUAUUAGAACUGGAACCAAAUAACUUUGAAGCAACAAAUGAACUCAGGAAAAUCAACCAGGCUUUAACAUCUAAAGAAAACUCCUGCCCAAAGGAAGCUGCUACGGUAGUUGCAUCAGCUGAAAGUGAGAAGCAGCACCCGGUGGCGCAGCAGAGCAAGCAGCAGGCUCUUUCAGAGAAAGAUCGGGGGAAUGGAUUUUUCAAAGAGGGAAAAUACGAGAGCGCAAUUGAGUGCUAUACAAGAGGGAUGGCAGCAGAUGGCGCCAACGCGCUUCUGCCGGCGAACAGAGCCAUGGCCUACCUCAAGGUUCAGAGGUACAAAGAAGCUGAAAGAGACUGCACACAAGCUAUUUCAUUAGAUGGCUCAUAUUCAAAAGCUUUUGCCAGAAGAGGAACUGCAAGAACGUUUUUGGGAAAGAUAAAUGAGGCCAGACAAGAUUUUGAAACUGUUUUACUUCUGGAACCUGGAAAUAAGCAAGCAAUAACUGAACUUUCCAAAAUUAAAAAGGAAUUAAUUGAGAAGGGACAUUGGGAUGAAGUUUUUCUUGAGUCCACACAAAGACAAAAUGUGAUAAAACUCAUUGAUCAUCCACCUCAUCCUCAAUCAACUAAACCACUCAAGAAGGUUAUUAUUGAAGAGACUGGUAAUCUGAUUCAGACAGUUGACGUGCCAGACAGCACUACUGCAGCUGCUCCGGGGAGCCCCGCGGUUAGCCUAGCAGACGCGGCGAAUAAGGAUUCCAGCCAGGGCGGCCCCUCGCCCUCCAGUGAUAGCCCAAGAGCAAAAGUAUUGAAAAUGGAGGAAAUUAGUGACGCCUCAGCUCCGCGACCUCAAGUCAGCUCGGGACAGAAUGUAUGUGCGACUUCCCGUGAGGUUGCUAGAAAGGCAGAGGAGCCCCCGGCUCAGCUUGGCACAGCUGUUCUGCCUCCGGCUCCUGCCACCUUCCAGCUCGAAUCGGAUUUCAGACAGCUGAAAAGUUCUCCAGCGACGUUGUAUCAGUAUUUAAAGCAAAUUGAGCCAUCCUUCUAUCCUAAGUUAUUUCAGAAGAAUCUAGAUCCAGAUGUGUUCAACCAAAUCAUUAAAAUUCUUCAUGACUUUUACAUUGAGAAAGAAAAGCCAUCUCUUAUCUUUGAAAUCUUACAGAGACUUUCUGAGCUAAAAAGGUUUGAUAUGGCUGUGAUGUUUAUGUCAGAACCUGAGAGAAAGAUUGCACGUGUAUUAUUCAAGCACAUACACAAAGCAGGAUUAAAAGAUAAUUCUGUUGAAGAACUCAAGAAAAGAUAUGGUGGUUGAUUUCCAUUUUUACCAAAAUUAUUGUUUUGACUUAUAUACAUUUUUUUCUAUUGAAAAUAAAGUGUUGUUUUUGUUUAAGAAAAUGAAAUAAUAUAGGAAAAACUUUUGGACACAGAUUAACUAUAAAGUGAGUUGUGUUCCCAAGUAGUGGAAACUGUGUUCAGGUGAACUAUUUAUAUGUCCUUUUCUGAAAAUAAAAAUAUGAAU